CAGCUCUGGGGCCUCUCUGCACACACACACAGACACACACGACACACACACUCGUAUGGGGAGAGGUGUGUUUGAGUGGAGAGAGAUUUCCUUCAGUCAUUUGGGAGUUUGAAACAGCAGCAGAGGAGCUCCACUCACACAGGUAAAGCGGGGUAAAGAUGGAGUCCAGACUGACCCUGGUGCUGAUGCUGAUGUUGGUUGCCGUGGUGACAGCUCAACGACGCACAGGGGGAGGAGCCAGGGCGAACUCCAGGACCUCCUCCUCUUCGUCUUCAUCGACCACAGACGAGUGGGACUACAGAGCUGGCUCUGAUAAAGUGAACAUGAAAAACGUGGCCAAUCUGACCGAAGUCCUGGACAACUGGAAAUAUGACAUCAUAAGCCAAAUGAAGAACCUCCUGCAGAAUGACCAUCAGAGUCUGCUCCCGGACUACGCCAGGAUCCAGCCUCUGUCUGAAGCUCUGGACGAUCUGUAUAAGGAGUUUAAUUCUCUGAAGUCUCUUCUGGGAGAUCUCAUCGAGAAGUUCACCGCCGUGGAGACCUUUAUCGAUGAGCUCAAGAACAAAGACGCGUCUGCACCUGCCUCUGCACCUGUCGCACCUGUCGCACCUGCUGGCACGCCCACCCGGCCCAACAGGAGGGUCAUCAGGAAGAAGGCCCCGGGCAGCACCACACAAUAAACACACACACACGCGCACACACUCACACACACGCACACAAGCAGAGGUGGAAAGAGGAUUGCAAAUUUGUAAAAAAAAAAACUUCCAUGAUUUUAUCUUAAAGGCACAUUGCGUAACUUUUCUGGUGGAGGAUCAAUAUCUUGUCUCCAUGUAGAUGUUAUUGCUUUGGUUUGAAUUUUCCACAGUCUUAUCUAUGGAGACAGGUAGUUACAGGUCAGAUCUGUGGAGAGGCACCUCCACUUUACAGUAAAAAUAUGUGUUUUUCAAGGUAUUUUUUCACAAUACAAAUACCUAAAUACCUUUGAUUAAAGAAAUGUUUGCUUGAGGUGUUUAUGGCAUACUGUAGAACAUUCCGGGCAACAAUAACAUCUCCAUGGCAACAAAUCAAUCAGAAAAGUUACACAGUGCACCUAUAAAGUACAGUUACACGGUGAGAAUAAUCCUCAGUUACUUGCCUGGCAUUUCUGUAUUUUUUGAGUCUGGUCACUACUCCCCUCGUCGAGCAGAACCAAACAUGAUCGUCCAAUCAGAUUUGUUUGUUUCAGUGACACGUGUGAAGCAAAGGAGCUCAUUGGUCACUGUCAUUUUGAACAGAAUCAGAGUUUAGAGUAGGGAUGUCCCGAUCACAUUCUUUUUGCCCCCGAGUCCGAGUCCUUUGAUUUUGAGUAUCUGCUGAUACCGAGUCCCGAUCCGAUACUGUUGUGUCCUGUGUGUUAUAUAGUGUUGGGGAGUGACAGAUUACAUGUACUGGAGUUACGUAAUCAGAGUACAAUUUAUGAGUAACUGUAUUCAGUUACAGUUACUGUUUCAGUGAGUGGUAAUUAGAUUACAGUUACUUUGUUGAAAUAAAUGGAUUACACGGCGGUAUUUUCCUGUUUUCCUGUUUCCAAACCAGUUCUAAACCUGGUCUAAACCAGGUCUAAAACUAGUUCUAAACUAGGUCUAAACAGGACUAAACCAGGACGAAAUCCAGGUCUAAACCAGGACUAAAACCAGGUCUAAACUAGGUCUAAACCAGGACUAAACCAGGAUUUAACAGGACUAAAUCAUGCCGUGCAGACGGUGUCUCCUCUUCUUCUCUCAAUAAUAUUUCUAAUUUAGUUUUGUAAAGUUUGGGCUUUUUAUUUUCUUUUAGCAGACAAAACAUCUUAUGUGAAGAUUUCCGAGUCUUUCCUUCUCUACAGCAAAUCAAGUAAUCCAAAGUAUUCAGAUUACAUUACUCACUUUAAGUAAUUUAAUGGAUUACGUUACAAACUACAUUUUGGGGUAUGUAAUCUAUAAUCUGUAGGGGAAUUAAAAGUCACCUUCCCAACACUGGUGUUAUAUAUGUAUAUUAUUUAUCCGAUACCUGAUCAGAACAUAACGUCCUAGUCUGGAUCGAGUCCUCAGUCACGUGAUCGGCGCCAAUUUCCAAUCAUGUGAUUGGAUCGGGACAACCCUAGUUUAGAGCUUCACUCAUUCAACCCUGCAGAAAUCCUCCAUGUUUUUCAGUCCCUUGUGAAUUUUUUCCUCUCUUUUUGUUUUGAUACAGACGGCCCAUGUGUGUCCCUGAUUGGCUAAUCCACCUGUCAAUCUACACGUGGGGAGAGUCACCCGUGACCAGACUCACACCUUUAAGUAUUUGAGAAGUGUGAGUGUUUAUUCCUGAUCCCAGGCAACAAAAUAAUCAAAAUCUAAUCCAUUACAAAAAUGAGCCUGUUUGUAUUUCAUGACUUUACACUUUUGUGAACAAACUAUGGUAAGUGAUAUGCAAAUGACAAUCUUUUGUGCUUAAAAGUUAUACUCUCCCCUCACGAAAACAUACACAAAAUAUGAAUAACAUGUAACCUCUUUUGUCAAAACCAGUAUUUCUUUUUUCGAUUUUGUAUUUUUCUUGUCCGAUGGUGCUAUAGUCUCUGUUUGUGCUGUGUGCUUUCACUGUGCAGGUCACCUUUUACUAUUUUUAUUGUACGCUCUCAUUAUAUAAACAUUUAUUUAGCAGUAAAUGUAACAGUAACAGUUUAACCACAAUAAACCCACAAUAAACCAUGAAGCAACUACAUUCAUUGGCCAUACAUCCAACUCAAAUUGGGGGCAGCGAAAAUUCAUUUGUUCAUUUGCAGAUUAAUACAGUGAGUUGUUGAGUCUAGUCACUAAUAGAAAUGAUCAGGUUCAGCAUUUAUGAAUUGACCUUUUGGAGAUUUUACAGUAAAGUACAAUGUAAUAAACAGAAAACUCUUCUCUCGACUCUAGCCCCCGUCUGGGAGGAUGAUGUCAACACAUUCUACAAACCCACCAGUACAUGGGCUGCUUAAAGUGACUCUGUUGGACCUUUUGUUUUAUCGCCAUCAUUUAGAUAAUUCUAAGAUGUAUCAGAUCAAAUGUUAUGUUCAGUGUAUAUUUGCUCUGCUGCUUUGUCUUUUAUCACUUCCUAUUAAAGCUGUUAAAAAGUGCA